AUGUCGGGAUUCACCGCUCUUAACGUCGAACCGGAGGACUCAUUCGACGAGGAGAUCGACGAUACCAGAGAAAUUCAACUCGAAGAGGCUUUCAAACUCUAUCAAAACGCAUUGAAACUCCACUCUCAAGGGCCACAGUACUUCCAAGAGGCUCUCGAGGCCUACCAAGAACUGCUGCAAUCCGAAGUUUUCAAGUACCCAGAGUUUGUUUCCGAUUUCACUCAUGAGGAACUGGACGAUGAAGCCGCACCUGGUACUACCCAGAUCGAUCCCGCAUCUUUGCCUCUACUCCCCAGCAAUGCCGCCGAAUCUUCUGCCAGUUCUGUCCCCCAACUCAUCUAUCUUGCAUUUAAAAACAGAGGUCAAUUCGUUCUGGACGUUGCUCGCCAUCAACGGCUCAACAAAAAGGGGUCAUGGGCUGAGUUAUGUCAAUACUACGCCAAGUCAUGUCAUGAAACCAUUCGGGAUUUCGCCAAGGCUCUAGAACGCGAUGAUACCGAUCUCGACUUGUGGAAGAAAGCUGCUCGUGUUUCAGACGUGCUGUCAACGCAAAGAAUAGCUCGGUUUUGCCUGGAGAGCGUGCUUGCUGGAGAUGACGAUGAUGCUGAGCAAUCAAUCGACUUGUCCGGCCUCGAUGAGGCAUUUGCGGCUGGUGAGCUUCAAGAAGUGGUCGAUCUUCUACAGGAUGAUCUCGGUCGUCUUCGUAGUUCUGACACUCGCCCAAGAGAUCAACUGCUGACUGCCUUACGGGAAACAAAUGAUCCUUACCCGUUUCUUCCUAAGCGUGCCAAAACCCUGGAGUAUCUGGACGACAGAUAUAGACCACUCAGCUUCGGGGUCGCCAGUAUCACGCUGCAACCGGCGUCGAAUGAUCUCUCCUCACUGGGGCAGGCCAUCCUUCACACCAUCUUAGGCAUCCAAGAUGGCUUCAUGACCUUGGGAACGGCCACUACAGUCAAGAUAGAGGUUGGGAAUUUGCAACUGGUGGAUCGGGAUGCCGAGACGAUGUUGGCUCCCGAAGCUGCUAGCCGUGAAGAUCAGAAUCAAAAGGGCCAGGCGCACGCCCAGACGUUUAUCGAAGACGCAAUCCGAGACUCUCCCGUCGAAGAACCACUAUCUGACCCGGCAAGCUCAGGACAGAAGGGUGAGACACUCAAUGAGCUUGGAGAUGGGGACACAAUUGAGGUACGAACAGUACCUCGACAACAGGAAGAAGUUGCUCGACCGACGUCACGAAAGAGGUCUUCCACAGCUGCCGGUAAUGAUGAACCGGAAGGUCGAACGAAAAGCAAGAGAAUACGAGCGAGAGAAUCACUAGCCGAUCUCGCCGCUCAGGAAGAUGACGCAGCACAGGAAGAUCCUCAGUACUUCAAUGAACAACUCGCCAUUUUCGAACAAGCUGACCAAGCGACGUUCGAUGUCGUGAACUCCCUUCUUGCCAAGCUAGACAUGAGGACAUAUCUUUCCACAGAAGAGGCUAAGAACGCCUUCUGGCGUGGAACUGAAGACCGUCGAGAUGACCUGAGUGUUGAAGAGUCCCGGAAAAACUUGGUACUGCUCACAGACUUGAGGACUGCUCUGCGAGACUGGUCAGAUGAGAAGAGUCAGGCCAUUAUCUACGGUCACGGCACUCAAGACUUUGUGGAGAAAUCGACCGGCAUGUCUCUCUUCCUUCAACAUUCCAAACCAGUGAUUUCAAAAGGAAUUGAACCGUCGGCAGCAUCCAGCCAGGCUGCGCUAGUCUCCUUGGUUCACCUCAUCAAUGCUGGGUCGACGAAUAUCUACGAUGCUGCUUUUCAUUGGCUUUUUUCCAUGCUAGUGGGCUCCAGGGGCCAAGAUAUGCCACCGGACUCGUCGUAUUUGCGAGAAACAUGGCCGGCCGAGACAAAGCAAACGGUUGUGCAGCUCGCCAUCACCAUAGAACCACAUCUUUACGAAUUUUUGCGUCAAUUCUUCAUCUCGCUGACGAAUGCGAAACCGGUGCCGGCGAACGACGAGACACCAGACACGAGGAUACUUUUCGAAUUCGUGGAGACCUUGUUCGAGAUAUACCUUGAUGUUCAUUCCGCCAUUACCAAUCCCAGCAGCCAGGUGGAACAGAAUACCCGAAUUGGCCAUGGGGAUCGAUUGAUGAGAUGGGCAACCCUUGCCAAUGAUUUCAUGCACUUGUCACUCGAUCAGUUCAACCAGCUCGAAGUGACUGAUCCUCUGAUUCUUCGAUUUAUCUGGGCAUCUACUGCUCACGCCACCCUCGCCGACGAGGUGGACAAAAGCCAUGUCGUAUUGUGCUUGGAGGAUCUGAAACGGUUAUUACAAAGAGCUGGUGCUGAAGCCAUCUAUCUUCCCAACAACGCAGCCAUGCCUGUGAUUUCGAUCUUGGCCGUCGAUCAGGAAAUCUCACGCCUCAGCACGCUGGACUUCUUCACAAGCGUAUUUGAUAGCGACAACAGCGACCCCGUGGCUGUGAUUGAAAAGUUGGAACCCAUCCUGGAGCCUGGCUCAAAAGCUGUUGAGAAUGAUUCGCCCAGCUCCGGCGUCACGAGUGACCGAAUGUCACAGACGGAGCAAUUGAUCCAUUUCCUCGCAUCUGGUGAUGCCGCCCUCAAACUUUUCCUCUGGCGACGUCUCCAAAAUGCGUAUACAGCCAUUUCAUAUGGACCCAAAAUUGUGUCCUGUCUCCUGCGAGCAAUUGAGACCUGUGUGGACGAAUUGUACAGUUCACGUCACAUCGAAAGCGAACCAGGGAGCCGACAGAUUUCAAUGCUGAAGUGGUUGCGUGACAUUGACGAGCUCAUGACCAGAGUCCUUGUCAAACUCUUCAAUGAUCCCACCGGAUUCGAGUGUGUUGACGAUGCCCACCUCCGAUCUUCCCUGAGGGCAAUGACGGCGAUGACGAAGCUCCUUCACGGCUUCGUCAUUUAUGAAGACUCUGUGCGAGUGGGCCAGACAGCUCCACCUCAAUUCAAGGGCGCCUCCUUGGCCAAAUUAUACGACAAGAGCAAAGAUCGUCUCAAGGAGAUGUUGGUUCGAGCGUGGAUCUUGCAAUACAUGCUCCUCAAGGAAGCCACCGUCCAAGAUCCCACACGGUACAAUAGAGCAGCGGAUGAUUUGGCAGAGUACCUCUGCACGGUUCACCAUGCGUUUGGCGUUCGUUAUUACUGCAGACACGCCAACAAGGCGUUCGUGAAGCUGGUAAAAUGGGAGCUGGGAGAUCUUGCAACCAAACAGGACUAUUCCGACGAAACUGCUCAGGUCUUCUUUGAUCUCUAUCAACUUCGCUUCGCGAGUGGCGUUGGAGAUGCCAAUCACGGCUGUCCACCGGAAAAUAUGGAUAAGAAGACUGCCUGGUCUUUGAUCCCGACCAUCAUGAAACAUGCCGAGAAAUUCAGCAUCAAAGAUCUGAUCAAGAACGAACUCAAAGGCACGAUUGACAAGAUACAGCAGACCUUGGGAGCGGUAAAGAAUUCCACAGGCAUCUUGUACAACAAGCGAAUCAUUUCUGGAUAUCUGAAAUCCACCAUCAAUCCUCGUGACCUUUAUAGGUGCAUUCGAGGUAUUGGCGAUCUUCCCACGCGUAUCGCUCACAAUGACACCGAAAUCGCGGCCAGCAGUGGAUGGUAUUUCUUACUCGGGUAUUUGACGCUGGCAAAAUACAAAUCUGUCAAACGAGUCAAUCCGACACCGACGGAUGACUUGGAUAUUGCCGUCAGUUUCUUUAGGCAGGAAUUGGAUCAUGGCAUAGAAAAUUGGGAGACUUGGUAUCGCCUCGCCCAAGUUUAUGAAGCUAAAAUCGAAGAUGACCUGAUCUGGAAUUCCGUCAAACUCAACGAGUCCAGAGGCGAUAUCGCCUUGCUUGAGCGACAGACCAUACACUGUUACAUCAUGGCCAUUGCCCUGGCGAUGCGAUCUGCGGAUGACCGACCGGAGACGGCGCAGAAGAUGGAGGAUAUGCUGACAGAGUUUGCGACGCGCUUGUAUGCCUCUUCUCGUCCUCCAUUGAAUAUGGAAGCCUUCAAAACCGACAAGUAUUUGCGUCAUAUGAGCAGCCAUAUCGACCAAACCAUGUCCAAAGAGCCCUAUCACAAGCCCCUCGGUCAAUACGCUUUAUGGCAUUUCGCAGUCCAUCUUCUCAGUAUGAAAUUUACCGAAAAGCCAAAGCCUUGGACGACGCACUACACGCGGGCAAAAUGUCUCUGGAAGAUGUUUCAGAGCGUGGAGAACUGUGGCCGGGUGUCCGCCGAUGAUGUCCUUGAAGCCAUUAUUGAGGCCAUUGAGACUCUGCCCAAGCCGAAGAAAGAGAAAACCGGUGAACCGAUUCUGGAACCACACUUUAAACUCGUCUCAGUCAUUCAUAAAAUGGUCCGGCGCCACGCCAUCACCUAUGCACAGGCCGAGGAAUACAUGCAAGCCACGCGUUACGCUCAAGGAGUGCAUUUAUCUAAGGACGAUGAAGGUGUGGAAUGGGUUCCGUAUGUCCUGGAGAUCUUGAAGAAACUCGGACAAGCCGACAAAUCCAAUUGGCACCACCGAAUCACCGAUCGUGCUGCUCAUGUGAUCUACGAAGAUGAUCCGUCUCUCGUUGGCGCUCUCGGAGCGAAGCAUCAAUUCACUCAACAGAUCUUCACAAAGUCAAUGACCGUACAGGUAUGGAAGCCUGAAUACGAACGUCCUGGCCGACAUUACGUGUACACGGGUCGAUACGUCUCCUUUUUUGUUCAUUUGCUGGAACAAUUGAAGGACCGAGCCAACCUAGAUCAGUUGGUUCGCCGUAUUCGGAGAAAGACCACCGACUUUAUCGACCACAUCAAAAUCUGGGAAGAAGUGGUCACAACGUACGUGCGACUUCUCAGACGCAUUGGUAAGAUCGACGAUGGCUAUGAGAGGGCACUCUUCGACGGCAUGAACCACGAAGAAUUCACCAAGAAAUCCGAGAAGAUGGAGAAGUGGGCCCACAAUCGGGCCACCAAUUCGGUAUAUUUGGACAUCAUGCGAGAAGCCAUUGACUUGAAGCGUCUGAACAACAGCCUGUUGAAAGGGCCCAUCAUUGACGAUCUGAUUGGUGAUUCAUAUGCUUGCCUGUAUGACGAAUUCGUCGCACAAUUACCUCCCGAGGAACAACCCAAGCCACAACCUCCCCCUCUCCCUCAGGGCACGUUCAUCAACAUGACAACGGAGCUUGCGAACAGCGGUGAAAGUGACGUUCAACGAGCCCGUCUGCAUAAUAUGCUACGAGCGCAAGGGGAUGGGGCCGCCGAUGGACCGUUGGCCAUAUCAAUAUCUACACCCGUCGGGCUCGGUCUGCAGAAUUCUCCCAAUACUUUUGCGGGUCAGAAUAUUCCUGAGGUCACCCGUGCUCCUGCCAAACCCGGACGUACCAAGACGGUCACUCGUCGUGAAAUUCAACGCAAGGCCGAGGCUGCUAUAGUCAAACCGCCCCCGAUCAAAACGCCCGUCCUGACUAAGAAACCUAUCCUGGAGAUGCCAUCGAAAACCCUGGGAGAACCAUCUUACAUGGAUUCCCCUCUUGACAAGCGUUUGGCGACCACCAAAGACAAAGAUAUCGAUGGCAGCGGAACCGGUUCUAGGAGAGGCAGUGUCCAAGACAGUGCGGACGGCGAAGCUGAUGAGGAAGACAAUUCUGUCAGUGAAUUGAGCGAACUCGAAGAUAUAGAUGACGAGAAGAAGCAGCUGUUAUCAGAACUUGCAAAUGCCAAAGAGCUUGCCGAAGAAGAGGAGGAAGAGGAGGAAGAAGAUGACGGAGGCGAAGAUGGUGAUGAAGAAGCUGAAAAUGGAGAGGAUACAAGUGAAGAUGUUGCCGAGGAUGUAGUCGAAAGCGACGAAGACGGCGAUGGUGCAGACGAUUCUGUGUCUGAUCUCAAGAGCGACCGAGAAGACGAAGAAAUGGUAGACGCAGAAGAUGAGAUCGAGAUCCAAGAUUCGCAGGAGAAUGUUGAGGUCCCUGAAUCUGAAGAGAAAGACACCCCUGGCGAUGGAGAAGAACAGGAAUUCCAUGAGGCGCAGGAGGAGCACGACCCCGAUCCCGAUCAGGCAGGUUAG